AUGGAGUCCAUCUACAACCAGCCGAUUGUCAUAGACAACGGCUCUGGGACGAUCCGUGCAGGCUUUGCGGGCGACGAGAAGCCCAAGAUCAACCACUCGAACCUCGUCGGCCGGCCCAAGUACAACAAGAUCAUGCCCUCGGCCAUCUCGCAGACAGACACAUUUAUAGGGGCGCGCGCACAGCAGCUUCGCGGGCUGCUGAAGCUGAAAUACCCGCUGGCCAACGGCAUUGUCAACGACUGGGAGGCGCUCGAGCUUGUGUGGAGCGACGUGGUGCAGCAGUUGGAGGCCAAGACCGACCAGCAUCCGCUUUUGGUGAGCGAGCACCCUCUGAACCCUAGCAAGAACAGAGACCGGCUGGCGGAGCUGGUUUUCGAAACGUUCAACUUUCCUGCGCUGUACGUGGCGAUGCCGGCGGUUUUGUCGCUGUACUCCUCGGGACGGACCACGGGCACGGUGCUGGACUCUGGCGACGGAGUCACCACGGUGGUGCCGAUCUACGAGGGCUUUUCGAUUCCGGGCACCAUCAAACGGCUCAAUUUUGGCGGCCGAGACAUCACGCGGCUUGUGCAGGGCGAGCUGAUGAAGAACGGGUACUUCCUAUCGACCUCGUCCGAGUUUGAGCUCGUGCGAAGCCUGAAAGAACGGCUGUGUCACGUGAACCCGAAACCGGCGGACCAGCACGCCAAGGGGCCUGCUGUUGCCGAGGAGCGCAGGGAGUUCCCGCUGCCGGACGGCAAGAUGGUGCGGGUUGGCGGGCAGACGCUGUGGGCGCCGACGGAGCUGUACUUCCAGCCAGAGAAGUUUGGCGUCGAGGAGGUGCCGGUGCACCGCGCGGUGGUGAACUCUGUGCGGAAGACCAACUACGACCUGCGGCCGCGGCUGUUUGAGAACAUCAUCUUGGCGGGCGGGUCGACGAUGUUCAGGAACUACGGCGUGCGGCUGCUGGAGGAGAUGAAGCUGGAGGACCCUGAGCUGCAGCUGAAAAUAUACGCGUCGCCAGAACGACGCGCGAGCUGUUUUGUCGGCGGGUCGAUUUUGGCGAGUCUGAGCGUGUUCAGGCAGAUGUGGGUGUCGAAAGCGGAGUACGAGGAGAACCCGCAGCUGGUGCACCAUAACAGCGAAAAACGAUAG